CGGGUGCGGGCGGCGGCUGGGCCGGAGCGUGUCGCGGGGGCGUCACGUCGGCUGGUCGCCCGUGAAUAAGAAGGCGAGAAGGUUGGGGGCUGGGCUGCUGUGUUGUGACGCCUGAGGGGACCUCCCAGCCGCCUCUCCCUUCCUCAUCUCUCCCCCCGCACCACCCCCACCCCCGCCGCGUCUCCUUCUGUGGCACUUCGGCUCUGCCGUUCUCCGACUGGACAGGCGCGAGUGGGAGGGCGGGGGAAAUGGCUGAGACCAUCGCGGACACCAGGCGCCUGAUCACCAAGCCGCAGAACCUCAACGACGCGUACGGCCCCCCGAGCAACUUCCUCGAGAUCGACGUCAGCAACCCGCAGACGGUGGGGGUGGGCAGGGGUCGCUUCACCACCUACGACGUCAGGGUCAAGACAAACCUUCCCAUCUUCAAAUUGAAGGAGUCUUGUGUUAGGAGAAGAUAUAGUGACUUUGAAUGGCUUCGAAGUGAACUAGAAAGAGAGAGUAAGGUUGUUGUACCUCCUUUACCUGGAAAAGCUUUUCUCCGCCAAUUGCCUUUUAGAGGAGAUGAUGGGAUAUUUGAUGAUUCUUUUAUAGAGGAAAGGAAGCAGGGCCUUGAACAAUUCAUAAACAAAGUCGCAGGCCACCCAUUGGCACAGAAUGAGCGCUGUCUUCAUAUGUUCUUGCAAGAUGAAGUAAUAGACAAAAGCUACACGCCAUCCAAAAUAAGACAUGCUUGAACGCUGCACAACACUUUAACUGGCAUAAAUGUUAGUGCUUUACUUACUUGGUCUAAGAGUUGUAGUUUAAGGUUUUAGCAUGCUGCAGACAAAAGGGCACGAGAAGCCUUCGGUAUACUAAUGGCACUGCUUGGUCUUUGCAUUCAUUUUAUGGCAUUAAAGAAGUUUAGGUAAAUCUGCUGUCAGACUAUUGAUUUAAAUGGCUUUUAAAAAUCUAAAUAAUUUGAAACUCUUUUCUUCCUUUGCAAUGACCUUGUGAUGAUUACUGACUUGGCCUUACUUGAACUUGCACUGUUCUGGUGUUGCACGUUCACUUUUAUUUGAUUAAAACACUAGAAUGUUUCUGUAAAAUAACUAGUAUUCAACCUGCAGAUUUGGUGAUUAACAUGGUGCAUUGUUUUCAAUACCCCCCCCUUGUGUAAAAUAAGCACUUCUGUAGUUGUAUCCUUAAGCUUGGGGGGAAAACAAAAAACCUUUGUACUGAAGCAAUGAGGGAACUAUCUUUAUAUUGUGUAAAAAGAAAUCAGAUUUGUAUACUAAGAUCAUUUGUCUAAAGUUGUUUUGAAAUAAAAAGUAAAAUGCACGUAACGUCUUUUACUGCAAUGGUGGGAUAAACAUAAUGUUGGAUUUCUUUCUAGACAGAUAUUCUACUGCAAUGUAUUGCAGGCUGGAUGUACCUUCUGCUCACUAACAGAAAUGGCUCUGAAAAGAUUUGCCUUCAUUCAACUUAAAAUACUAAAGCUCUUUCCUAUAUAGGCUAUAAUCCUAUACAUUCUUGCUUGUGUGCAAGUCUCCUUAAACUAAUGGGUCACCUGAGUAAACAUGUAUAGGAUUGGGCUAUUGGUUGGUUCUAGCUGGGAUAUUGAUACUUGUUGACACAAAACCUUUUGGUUUUGGCCUAGGUUUCCUUCCAUAAGAUUUCUAAAGACAUCAACACCAAUGGAUCUGCAAUUAUCUUAUGAACUUGCUCACCGUAAGAUAAAAUUGUCUUGCUAGGACUCUGAAAAUUCUGUCAUGGGACCCGUAGUUCUUGCUAUAGCUCCAAUGCUCAAUCCUAGUACUGUGAGUAUAUUCUACUUGGUGUGGCCUAUCAGGUGCUGAAUCUGGACAGUCUUACUUGAUCUUUGUCUUUAUCUUUAUUUUGGAGAUGUCAGUGGAGUGGCUCAGCUUGUCUCAACUCCGCCUACUGCUUGUCUAUUUCGUCUGCCUCUUGUGUUUUCCUUUCCAAAUGUCUCUACACUUAACUUCCAUGUUGCAAGAAAACAUACAGGUACAAUCUAGCGCCAGUGCCAAAGCAUGUGGCCCUCUUUUUAAAGCACAGAUCCAGUUAGGAGACUUCAGCAAAUCUUGAAUUGGGAUAAAUUAUCUUGUUGGUUCUAUUCUGACAUUACCAACUAAAUGGUCUGAAAAUCCCCUAGACUGGGAUUAUUUGAGAAAGGCUUGGAAUACUCAGCCUAAGGCCUGGUAUGGGACUCCCAUAGAUCUAUGUUAGCAUAACAGCCCCAACGACUAGCCUGCCAAAUCUGAUGCUGCUUUUCCUCUUAUUUCAUAGCAUCAAUUUCAGCCUACCACUCCUAUUUUAAAUGUGCUUGGUCAACAACUGCUGUCAACUUCUUUGCCGUCUCUUCAAGGGUAGUUCACAGCACCCCCCCAAACCAUAAAAUGUAGGUCAUGAAAGAGCAUAGGAAGCAUCCUUACACUCAGUCAGAGCAUUGGUCCAUCCACCUCUGUAUUGGAGACACUGACUUGCAGUGGUUCUCCAGGGUUUCGGACAGGAGUCUUUCCCAGUCCUACCUAGAAAUCGAACCUGGGAGCUUCUAUAUGCAAAUCACAUGCUCUACUACUGAGCUAUGACCCUUGUUCAUAAAGAGUUUGGGAAAGUGGCAAAUUGAGUUCUCUUCUUUAGCUUAGGCUCCAAAGCCCCUUGCAUGUGCUUAAUGCAGGGCUGCUAAUUUCCCCUUGCUCUAGCACUGUAUCAAAUACGACUCAAGUGUCCCCUGACUCUCAGGAAUAAUUUUUAGGAGAGGCCUUAAAAUCCUUGUUUUCAAAUGCAGAAUGCAAGAUGUGGCAUUCUUGUGAGCAGUUGGUUCUAAAAAGUUGCCUUGCAAGCAGUUGGUUCCAAAAAGUGGAUUCUGAAAAAUGGCUUACUACAAGUAGAAAGCCCUCAUGUCUACAAGUGGGAGAGGAUGAAACUGGUAAUCUUGGAAAUAUUAGAAAGUCAACCAGUUUAAGCACUGAGUGGCAUAAAAUUCUCACUCUGCUGGAUUCUGGCAGAACUUCAGAAAGCAUAAUCUAGAGCCAAUUUUUAUGCUUCGUUUUUAUUAGUUGAUUAGCUAAUUGCCCACCAGUUUGAGAGGAAAGAAUUAGUUCUCAUUUGAUUCCAAAUGAGACAUUUCCUUGGUUUGAAAAAACAUAGUUGGAAAUCACUGUAGUUACAGGAUCCUAUUUCCAAAAAUUAGUACAAAUCUUAGUAUGCUUUUAAAGAAAACAAAUUGUAGUUUAGUAGUAGUAGUCACUUUGAUGUUUCUUGCUCAGUGGAAUUACACUGCAGCAUCAGUGGGGAGCAAUAUUUAAUCAAAGACCAUACCAUUUUAAACUUAAUAUAUUUUUUAUUCUUUGUAAAUACAAUGAGUACAACCUUAACUUCACAAAUCAGUUAAUCCACUUUUGUACAAGAGAAGUUUUACUCAUUCUAUGAUACUUCAAGUGCUGAUUCUCCUUCCUCAGUGCUAUUUCCUAAAACAAAUAAAAACUUGAAAAGUA